AUGGCCCACCCAAAAUCCAUCCUCGCAAUCCUUGCACUGUUGUUUUUCAUCGAGAUCCGUGCGGCGGACCCUGAGCUCCUCGAAGACUUCGCGGUCCCUGAUGGUGUGGAUGAGAAUAAGAUCGAUGGUGGCUUCUUCACGUACACUGGCCUACGUGGAGGUGCACCCUCAUCGAAUGGCGCCGUAGGCCAGAAGAUCAUAUCCGUCCAUGAAUUCCCAGCCCUCAAUGGCAUGGGGCUGUCGUUGGAGCUACUCGAGUUCCCACCAGGUUCUGUGAAUGCACCCCACACGCACCCAAGGGGGGCCGAGAUCCUUUUCGUGAUGGACGGUGUGCUUACAGUCGGUGUGUCGGACGGUAAUGGAAAGCUCUACAAGAAUGUUCUACAAAAGGGCGAUGUAUCCACGGUUCCAAAAUGUAUUCCUAGUACUGAAUUUGAAUUGUGGAUUAUCACGUAUCGUAUCGUACCGUUGGAAAGAAAACUGGUAAAGGGCAAGAUCCUCGUCUGUGAUCAUGCCGUCAAAGGCGAUAUCCCGAUGCUGAUGAACAAUUUCUUCCCUGAUGUUGCCUUCUCUUUUCCUCUCCCAACGGCCCAGAUCAGCGAGGAGGACAACCAUAAGGUCAAGCAGUACUUGAUGACGACCAAGUAA